AUGUCCUCCAUGCGCAAUGCCGUUCAGCGGCGAAACCACAAGGAGCGUGCCCAGCUUCAGGGCCGCGAGAAGUGGGGUAUUCUUGAAAAGCACAAGGAUUACUCGCUCCGUGCCAAAGACUACAAUGCCAAGCAGGCAAAGCUCAAGCGUCUCGAAGAGAAGGCGCGCGACCGCAACCCCGAUGAAUUCCACUUUGGUAUGAUGGGUGAUAAAAACCAGACACAAGGCAAACACGGCAGAGGUGGCGUGGGGCGAGCCUCCGCUGCAGGAAUGAGCCACGAGGCAAUCAAGUUGCUCAAGACUCAGGAUCAGGGAUAUCUCCGAACCGCUGGAGAACGGUUACGUCGACAGAUCGAGACUUUGCAGUGUGAAAUGCAGCUACAGAAGGGCAUGAACGAGGCUUUGGGCAUCAAGACCAGAGAGAAGAAAAGGAAAGAGUCAGAGGAUGAAGACGACGAUGAUGAUGAAUUUGACGGAUUUGAUGACAUGGAUGACCUCGUUCUUGAUGAACCCGUCAAGCAAAAGUCACGCAAGGUUGUCUUCGCUGAUGAUCGGGAUCAACAAAGAAUUCUGAAGGAGGGAAAUGAAAAGGUCGAGACUCCGGAGGAAAGCGACGACGAAACGCCUGGCCAGACCAAACUUAACCCCAAGGAGAUUGCUGCGAAGCGAAAAGCACUCCUUGAGACUCGCCGGGCCCGCAAACUUCGCAAGCGUGCCGUCGAGGGUCGAGAGACCAGAAUCCUAGCGCUGCAGAAGCAGUACCAAGGAAUCCAAGAAGCUGAGCGGGAGGUUGAAUGGCAGCGGGGCAAGAUGAGCAACUCCGUCGGUGGAACCAACAAGAACGGAAUCAAGUGGAAGAUCCGAGAGCGCAAGCGCUAG